UUCUGUUCAGAAGCUUUACAAAAUGGCAUCUGCUCGGGCGUUCGGAAUUCUGAACAACCAAAACCAAGCCAACGGGAAUCAAUUUGUUGGAAAAAACAUACAAUCACUCAAGGGAAGCGAGCCACGAUCCGGGGCCGCGUUUGCUCUGAAAGAUCUAACGAACAACAAUAAGUCUCAACAGCGUACCAUUGUGUAUCAGGAUGGCAAGGGCAAAAGCAGCAGCAACGUGCAGGGAAAACAGCUGAAAGCUACGACGAACAGCAUUUUGCAGAAAAUUGGCGUAACCAACGAACCAGCUGCAGCAUCUCGUAAACCACCAUCGUUCCACAGUUCCUUUGACGUGUAUUCUCCACAAUAUGCUGAAUUCGGCUGGGGACAAGCAUCCUGUUUGCGGGAUGAUCUUCUAGAGCAGAUGAUCGACUUUAAUGGCGUACCGUGUGACAUCAAGCGUAAACCUUUACCCCCAGUCCGUCCGGAUCCGCUCGAUCUACCGGAUCUGGACGAUGAGCUGUGGCACGAGGACAACUUCCGGCCGUCGAAGGAGCACCGCUUUUCGUCGAUAAAAUCGUUGGAUCUUCCUGCCGACGAUUUUCCUCUGGUGGACAUACAAGAUUUGGAGUUUAUAUUUUAG